AUGGCUGAUAGUCCAAAUACACACACAGGAACAAGACUGCCUAUCUGGGUGCUGGGGCCGCAGGAAGAAAAGGAGGCACGUGUCAAUUUGAAAUCCUUCGCGUAUCAGAAGUGUGAUGAAUUUGUAAAGGCAAUGGCAGAUUGUGCUAAGACCAAUGGUAUUAGAGUUUUCCCUACCUGUGAGAAGCAACGUGAGAAAAUGGGCGAAUGUCUUUUAUUCUACCAAGUGGAUACAAGAUAUCUAGAUGAGCAAAGGGACAAGAUAGUUGAGCGAAAGAUCAACCGAUUAGAAGAAAAGAUACGGAAAAGGGAACAGGAAAAGUGA